AUGCGAAUCGAUUUGCACUAUCUCCCGCCGAAUUUGAUCUUCUUCUGUCUGCCGAAUCUGCCGCGCACUACAAAUCGUAUAAAUAGGAUUUGUGGUAUAUAUGUUAGGCCGACAAUUAACGUCGCCCGUCUGCGCGGCCCAAAGUGCCAGCUGCAGUGCGACGAUUUCACCAAACAGAGAAAACUUUUUGCUAGAACGUACGAUCCGAAAUUCCCCCAGUUUCAGCAGAAUGAGAUUUUCUCGCUGUCAGAUGCUUUUCAGCGACUUGAUGUAGACGACCGAGGAUAUUUAGACGAAGCAACGGCCAUCAAAGCUACCCAGCAAAGUGAAAAUCUGCCAUACGAUGUCGUACGACAGGCACUCAAGGAAGUCGAGCUGGAUUCUUCGAGACGCGUUGAGCUCGAAGAUUAUGUCGGGCUCGUCUCAAAGCUUCGUGACUCGUCUCCUGCCCAAAAGCGUAUGUCUGCUGGGCCAGCCGCUCCUUCAAGUGGUGUGGUAACUCAGCGAACCGGAGGACAUGCUUCCAAGGGCAGUGUCAGCGGCAAGAUCCAAGUGCAGGGGUCCAGUGCGAACAUAACGCACACGAUUAACGAAGAUGAACGUACAGAGUUCACUCGCCAUAUCAACGCCGUUCUCGCAGGUGAUGCAGAUAUUGGCAGUCGCCUACCCUUCCCCACCGAUACCUUCGAAAUGUUUGAUGAUUGCAAAGAUGGACUGGUCCUCGCCAAACUCAUCAACGACAGUGUACCGGAUACCAUAGAUGAGCGUGUUCUGAACAUGCCCGGUAAAAAGACGAAAAAUCUCAACGCAUUUCAAAUGAGCGAGAACAACAACAUCGUGAUUGAGUCUUGCAAGGGCAUUGGCUGUUCCGUUGUCAAUAUUGGUGCUGGUGACAUCAUCGAAGUGCGAGAGCAUCUCAUCCUGGGUUUGAUUUGGCAAAUCAUUCGUCGUGGCCUUCUCGGAAAAAUUGACAUCAAGCUGCAUCCUGAGCUCUACCGCCUUCUGGAAGAAGACGAAACUCUGGAACAAUUUCUCCGUCUCCCUCCCGAGCAGAUUCUUCUGCGAUGGUUUAACUAUCAUCUCAAGGCAGCCAACUGGUCUCGAAGAGUUUCAAAUUUUUCCACCGACGUCAAGGAUGGUGAGAACUAUGCUGUCUUGCUCGCCCAGAUCGGAGGCGAACAUGGCUGCACUAGAGCACCACUACAGACGAGAGAUUUGCUACAAAGAGCCGAAGAAGUUUUACAGGAGGCCGAAAAGCUCCAAUGCCGAAAGUUUCUCACUCCUACCUCCCUAGUGGCCGGUAAUCCGAAGCUGAAUCUGGCCUUCGUUGCCAAUUUAUUCAACAACCACCCCGCCCUGGAUCCCAUCACGGAGGAAGAGAAACUCCAAGUCGAGGAUUUCGAUGCAGAAGGAGAAAGAGAGGCAAGAGUAUUCACUUUGUGGCUUAACAGCUUGGAUGUCCAGCCGCCAGUGGUGUCAUUCUUCGACGAUCUACGCGAUGGCAACAUUUUGCUACAAGCGUAUGACAAGGUUAUUCAUGGUUCAGUUAACUGGCGCCAUGUUAAUAAACCUCCGGCUCAUGGAGGCGAACUGAUUCGAUUCAAAGCUGUAGAGAAUACCAACUACGCCAUUGAUCUUGGCAAGCAAAUUGGAUUUUCCUUGGUUGGCAUUCAGGGUGCUGAUAUUACUGACGGACAAAGGACCCUGACCCUCGGUUUGGUCUGGCAGCUGAUGCGAAAGAACAUUACAGUGACUCUUUCCUCUCUUGCCGAGAAACUUGGCAAACGAGAAAUUACUGACGCCGAGAUGGUUCGCUGGGCGAAUGAUAUGUCCAAGAGAGGUGGACGCAACUCUGCCAUCAGAUCAUUCAAGGACCCCACUAUCGCUACCGGCGUAUUCCUGCUCGAUGUUUUGAACGGUAUCAAGAGCAGCUACGUUGACUUCGACUUGGUGACUGCUGGGCAGACGGAUGAGGAUGCAUACAUGAACGCUAAACUCAGCAUCAGCAUUGCUAGAAAGCUGGGAGCCACGAUUUGGCUUGUGCCGGAAGACAUCUGCCAAGUCAGAAGCCGUCUUGUAACAACUUUCAUUGGUAUGCACACCAAGGUCCUACACCGAGGCUCAAAACUAACGUCAAACUACAUAGGCUCUCUCAUGGCCACGCACGAGAAGAUGUAA